GAGUUGUUGGAGACGAAACGCGAGCUGGGCCGUCUGAUGGAGACGGUCGAGAACCAGAACCAGACGAUCACGGGGCUCCAGACGGAGCGAGCCGACGCAGAGGCAGCGAAUCGGCAGCAGUCGACGAAGGCGUUCGCCAACGCGAUCAUAGGAGACAAGGGCAAGCCGCCGACCUUCGACAACAUGAAGAAGCCAGACUUCCACGACUGGACAUUCAAGUUCAAGGCGUACAUCGGCAAUCAGAGUCGGAAGUGCUUGGAGGGAAUGACCCAGGUCGAGUGCAGCCAGAACCAGCUGAACUACGCCAACUACGACGACGAGUGGAGACAGAUGGCGCAGUCGUUGUUCUAUCAGCUCACAAUGUACACGGAGGGCACCCCGCUCGGCAUCAUCCGCAAGGUCAGCAACCAAGACGGAUUCGAGGCGUGCCGCAGGUUGAGCUCCCAGUAUGACCCUCAGAACAUGGGCAGCAUCCUGUCGAGACUGAUGAGGGUACUGGAGUUCGACUUCGGCGGAGAGGCGGAGUUCCUCGAUAGCAUGGCGAAGUUCGAGAUCUCGAUCGAGGAGUACGAGAAGCUGGCGAGCGAGGCUCUCAGCGACAACAUCCGCUCGGCAGUCUUGAUCGCGCGAGCCCCUGACGCCUUGAGGAACCACGUGCUGCUGGGAACACCCAAGGAGGAGAUCCAGUGGGCGAGGAUCAAGAAGGUGGCCGCCGACUUCCUGCUCACGAAGCAGUCCAUGCCUGGUGGCCCUGCGCCGAUGGACAGGAGCAGCGGCGGUGGCCUCGCCGGCGGAGAGAAGAAAUUCCAGGGACACUGCGGACGAUGCGGCAAGUGGGGGCACAAACAGAAGGACUGCUACGCCACGAUCCACAACGUGAACACCUGGGACGGCAGCGCCUGGGACGGCAACACGUGGGAUGAGAAGUGGGGGAGCUGGGACACCACCAACGAGAAGGAGAAGGGUGCGGCUUCCUCCCACGAGGACGCCAGCGCCUCCAUCAGUGCCAGCGCCCUCCAGUGCUCCGAGUGCGAGGACGCUGCGUGGAUCUUCGCCGUCGGCGCGCUUGAGGGCCCGAGCGGAACAAGAGUUGGCCAGACGGUGGAUAUCAUGGUGGACACUGGCGCCAACAAGUCGGUGUGCGGUCCCAGCGACUUCCCCGACUACCCCACCAUGCAGGACAAGAGGCUGGAGAUCAAGGUCGCCAGCGGGACCUCCUUGAAGCACUUCGGCGACAUGCAGGUGAACUUGAAGACACAGAACCACGACGAGAUCAGUGUGAGAUUCCACGUCACGGAGGUGACGCAACCGAUCCUGAGCGUCAGCAGCAUCAACAAGGCAGGAGCUGGGGUGGAGUUCCCACCGUCAGACUCGACGGGCCCGCCCUCGAUCACGCGGGAUUCGAGGAGCGGGCGAUCGCGGCUUGGGCUGAAGAGGAGGCUCGGCCUGUUCUUCCUGCGCGCGACGGUGAUGAGCUACGUCGGCACCAAGAUCGGCGCGGACGGCCUGGUCGUCAACAACGCGGCGACGGGCGUCCCCGAGGAGUACAUCGCUGCACAGGUGGAUCAGCUGGUGGAGCAAGAGGUCAGGCCUGAGGCUACUGCGAUGACGGCUCCACGGGAGCCGACGCGAGCCGAGAGGGAGGCUCACGAGGCCCUCCACUGCCCAUACGCAGCGUGGUGCGCGGACUGUGUAGGGGGGCGAGGCCUGGACGACAGGCAUGAGAUGAUCAACGAGGUAGAGGGUGUGCCUGUGAUCCAGAUCGACUACAUGUUCGACAAGACGCAUCGUGACGAGAGAGUGCACCCAGUCAUGAAUGCUAUCGACAACGUAUACCACUCUACGGCCUCGGUAUGGUGCGAGGCGAAGGGUGGGGGAGACUUGUUUCUCCUGAAGUGUCUCAAGCGGUACGUGGAGAAGCUCGGGUUUGAGAAGGUUAUCAUCCAGUGCGACCCCGAGAAUGCGGCCAAGGACGUGGCGGCCAAGGUCGCGAGGGACAUCGGCAACAACGCGACCUUCAGGUACACACCGAAGACGAGCAAGGGGAGCAACGGCAUGGUGGAGAGGUUCCACUCGUUCAUCGAGGGUAUGACGAGGACCUGGAGGAGAGCCAUCGGGGCGAAGUACGGCAUCGUGAUCGAGUUGAGGCACCCCCUGAUGGCCUGGAUCGUGCGCCACGCAUCGUGGACCCACGAUCGCUUCCUCGUCCACCGCUCCGACAACAAGACGUCCUACGAGCGUCAGCACGAGAGGCACUACGCCAAGAAGGUCCUACCACUCGGCGAGACGGUUAUGUGGAGGCAGCCUGGGCCCAUCGCCGCCAAGUUCGAGUCCGCGUGGGGCUACGGCAUCUACCUCGGGCGGUCGUUGGAGGACGACUCCCACAUCUGCGGCACCAGGCGCGGCAUCGUCGUGGCGAGGUCCAUGCGGAGGCUCGUGGAGAGCGAGCGCUACGACAAGCAGCUGCUCCUGGCCAUGAAGGGCAUCCCGAGCGACACGAAGGCGCCGAAUGCAUCUACGCCAGUAGCAGACAGACCAGCCCUCGACCUCAACCUCCCGCAGCCCGCCAGGCUUCCGCGACCUGCGGGCGCCGCGCCCGAGGAGGGGCAGGCGAGCCCCCAGGAGGGGGAGGGGGGGUUCGAGGAGCCGCAGGAGGGGGACCCAGGAGGUGCCGAGGCAGCCGCUGGCGGCGACGAGGCCAUGGACGACGUCGAGCGGGCCGCGGCGGAGAGCGCAGCUGCACCUGAGGUGGGGCGUGCAGCAGUCGAGGAGCCUGAGAGCUCGGCUGGCAAGCGGGCCAGCGAUGAGGCGCCUGCGGAAGGCGAGGCGCACAAGGAGAGGAUAAUUGGCACGGUGAAGGUUGGCAGCGUGUCCGUCGCCAACUUGAUGGGCUACCCCGACGACACCGAGCUCUGCGCGCCGUGCGAGCUCGAUCCCAACUUCGAGCUGCUGAGCGAGGCGUACUACGACGACGACGACAGUGAGUGCCUCGACCCUGACGCCGUCCGCGAGGGGAUUAAGAGGGAGGCGAACUUCAUGGAGUCUCUCGGCGUCGGUGAGGUCGUGGCGCGCCCCCGCGACAAGAAGGUGUGGGGCACGAGGUUCGUCGUGAAGCAGUUCAGGGACGCCCAGGCGGGGGAUUUCUUCGCCUGCACCCCGCGCACGGAGGCUGUGCGCGUGCUGAUGGCGGCGGCGCUGAUGCUCAAGCACGUCAUCGUGACGACGGACUUCAGCGUGGCGUUCAUGCACACGCCCGUGAAGGACGGCGCCGAGAUCUACGUGGAGAUGCCGCCCGAGUACGGCAUGGGGCAUGGAUACGUGUGGAGACUGAAGAGGUCUCUGUAUGGACUCAGAGAGGCAGCGCUCCGAUUCCAAGAGUUCCUGGAGAGCAUCGUGGUCGGGAUUGGAUUCAAGGUCUGCAAGGCGGAGCCCACCAUCUACCAUCACACCGAGAAGGGCAUCAGGGUCGUGGUCCACACGGACGAUCCUCUUGCCUCAGGUCCCACGCGGGGAGUGCUCGACGAGUUAUUCGACGAGCUGGCCAAGCACCUCGCGAUCAAGGGGCGGUACGUCCUGGGCGAGACCCCCGUGAUCUACCUCGGCUCGUCGCUGCAGAGGUUCGGGGACGUGAUCGUGGAGAAGAGCAAGCCCGGGUACGUCGAGAGCAUCCUCGACGCGGUGGGGAUGCUGGGCUGCAGGCCUGUGGGCACGGCUGGGGUCAGGCCAGACCUCACUCCGCCCGGAGCCGAGCAGCCGCUCAACAGCGAGGAGCACUCGCUGUACAGGAGGUGUUGCGGGAAGAUCCAGUACGCGAUUCCGCGGAGGCUGGGCGUUAUGUACCCGCUGAAGGAGCUCGGUCGUCGGCUGAGCGAGCCGCGAGCGGCCGACAUGAAGUGCCUGAAGCACCUCCUCCGCUACCUCAGCGGGACGGUCGACCUGGCCAUGGUCCACCGCUCCACGAAGGACUACAAGCGCAUCCGAGGUAGCACCGACUCGGACUGGGCGGGAUGCCACGAGACCCGCAAGUCGACAGCAUGCGGGAUCGUGCGGUGGUGCGGGGUGGUCGUCAGCGCCUACGCCCGCACGGAGUCCGUCCUCGCCCAGUCGAGCCCUGAGGCCGAGUACCUGGCGGCCGUGGAGCUGGCGGCGGAGAUGCUGUACGUGAGGGAGCUCGUCAAGUUCAUGGGCUUCGACACGUCGCUGGAGAUCGAGUGCGACGCGUCCUCCGCCAUCGCGAUCGCCUCACGGCGUGGACUCGGCAGGUUGCGACAUCUGGAGGUGAAGUGGCUAUGGCUCCAGCAGCUGGUCGGCACGGGCCAGAUCAAGAUCGUGAAGGUGAAGGGCACGGAGAACCUCCCCGACGUUGGGACGAAGUUCCUGGGGAAGGGUGCGCUCGAGAAGUGCCGCACCAUGCUCGGUCUGGUUCCGAUCGACGCCCUCGGGAAUGGCAUCGUGGCUGCCCUGAGUGCGUCCCGAGGAGCACGGUACCUGGCGACGUUCAUGGUCCUCGUGAACGGCGUGAGGGCCCAGCCAGGCACGCCCGACGGCGGACCCGACCCACACCUGGCGAUCGUGGUGGCCUGGUCGGCCUUCUGCAUGCUCGUGGGCGUGAUGCUGUGCUGGUGCGGCUGGUGCCUGUGCCUAUACCUCCCGAGGUCGGCUGCAGGACGGACGGGCAAGGGCUGCUCCAAGGGUCAGCCCAGUGAGAGUUCGGAGAGGGGCCGAUCGGAGCCAGAACCCGAUCCGCCUCUAGCACCCGACGCUCCCAGCGAUCAUUGCCGGGGGCCGUCGGAGCCGCGUGGCAGGGGCGUGCUGCUGUUCCACCUGGACACGGUCGGGACCUCGAUCCACUCGAGUCCAAACUGCCAGGCUCUGCGUGAUCGGCAUCACCCGCUGGUGACGAGGAGCGGGUGCCUGAUCUGCGCUCGGGUGCUGGGCCAGGGGGUGCGCAUGCUGCACCACACGGACAGUGCCGAGAGUGCGGCAGCUCGGAUGGUGCCGAGCUUCAGCGCGCUUGCCAGCCUGGGGAUCGCGCAAUUCACCGUGGUCUUCCUUGCGCACUUCGCGGCGCUCCCGCGCCCUCCUCCGGCGCCCGUGGAGGCGCCCCCGCCCAGCCCCGCCGAGGCGGAGCUGGACAGCGGCGCCGAGGAGGCGCUGGGCGACUGCCUGGCCACCAGGGCACCGGCGUGCCCCAACCCUUGCCCCGAGUGCCGCUGCGAGUGCGGCGCUGGGGCGGCAGCGGGCUGGUGGCGCGCGGCUCUCGAGUUCCUGCUGGGGGCGAUCGCGCUUCUGGCCUUGGAGCUCGUCCGCGCGGCGUUCAGCUGGGCGCGGUACUUCUGGGGCCCGGCGAGGCGCGCGGACUUCGCGCCCGCCCCGCGGCUCCCGGAGGUGGCUGGGGCCUACAGUGCGCUCACCCCCGACAUGGACGUGUACGUGGAAGAGCUCACCCCUGGUCGCGCCCACUACGACUUCGCCGUCAUGCCCAACGCGCUGGAGAUGGUCACUCUGUUCCAGCAGGCGCAGGUGGCGAUGGCGUGCUUCGAGCAGGACCGAGGGGGCCUCGUGGCCCUCGCCGGGGGCGCCGCCGGCGGGCCUGGUGGCGGCGGGGCUGCGGCUGGGCUGCUUGACAGAGACGGCGGCGCGGCCGGGGCUGGCGGCGCGGGGCCCGGGGUGCCGCUCCUCGCGGCCGGCGCGGGGGCGCCAGGCGGGGCCUUGGUGGCUGGGGGAGCCGGCGCCGCGGCGGCCGCUGCUCCGGCGCCUGCUGCCGGAGGUUUGGCGGGGCUGGCUGCCGCCAUCGCAGGGGCGCCCGCCCCCGCUGACGGAGACGGACAGCCGGGGGGUGCUGGGCUUCCCCGACACGGGGACGACUUGCGCACCCUCCCUGUGCGGCACGACCGGCAGGGCCGCCGCUAUCCGGAGUUCCGGGAGGCGGUCCAGAGCAACUGCUCGACCGCCUUCCCG